AGCUGGCUACAGAUCUGUAGCCCGCUACUCUUCUCUCUCUUCCUUUAUUUCUUUAAAUUAUGUUUAUAGCUGGCUUAUAGCCUACUAUUGUACCUGCUCUAAAGUUCUUUGUAGUCUUCUCUCAGCCUACCCAUAUAAUAGUUAGAUCUUUACAAUUAAUACAGGGUUCACUUGUCUCUCUCACAGAGUUUCUGGUUUUUAUAUCCAAACCGGCUGUAAGUUUACAACCCGCUUCUCUUUUCUUCUCUCCUCCACCUCAACAUUUAGCCGGCUUAUAACCUACUAUUAUACUUGCUCUAACCAAAGAACACAGCCACAGUUUCCAUGUUAUCUUUCGGUGGAACAAAGAACGAAUGUGAUGUGUGCUGAGAAUCUCAACCUCUCCCAGGCAAAGGAGAGCUGGAGAGGGUACACAGGAACCAAAAAAAAAAAAGCACACGUCAGAUUCUCGGUGAUCCAAUCCAAUGAACAAGAUCACGCGAGUAAAGUAACACUCGCUGCAGAUGAAAAUAAGCCAGCCAAACUCACCAGUCACCAGUCACCAUCCAGUGGCAAUGUGGCAUCUCGUCCUACAGUUAACGCAUAUGGGUAUCUGAUAUCUCAAGAGAUAUGGUCACAAGAUUGACAAGAAUCAGUGUCCCACAGGCCACAGGGCACAGCCUGCGCACACACAAAGAAGCCAAUAUCCUUUCCACUCGUCACCCCCCAACAACCAAAAAUCCAGAUGGGUAAGUUCCUGUGCCCACUCUUCAUUUCCUUCAUCUCCGUUCUUUUGUGCUGCGCCGCAUCUGCAUCCCCAUGGCAAACCACAGGCACAGGUACAUCUCUCCAGGUAGAUCAUGGAGAAACCUUCCUUGUUUCACCAGACACAACCUUCUCCUGCGGCUUCUACCCAUCUGGAGAUGACACAAACGCCUUCUACUUCUCCAUCUGGUUCACCCAUGCCACCGACAGGACGGUGGUCUGGACCGCAGACUCUGGCCUUCCGGUGAACGGCCAUGGCUCCAAGAUAUCCCUGAGCCAUGAGGGCAACCUGGCUUUUACCGAUGUCAAUGGCACCACGGUCUGGGAGAGCAAGACUGGCUGGGGCAAGCACACCACGGUGGCUCUGCUCAACAGUGGCAAUAUGGUAAUGAAGGCAUCCGACUCCGAGGAUAAGAUCGUGUGGCAGAGCUUCGACUGGCCUACUGACACCCUGCUACCAUCGCAGCGUCUCACAAGAGAGAAGAGGUUAGUCUCCCAAUCUGGUAACCAUUUCCUGUAUUUCGACAACGAUAAUGUCCUCCGGCUCCAGUACAAUGGACCAGAAAUCACAAGCAUAUACUGGCCAAGUCCAGACUACACCGCAGUGCAGAACGGCCGGACUAGAUUCAACAGCAGCAAGAUAGCGGUCCUGGACGACGAGGGCAGGUUCUUGUCAAGCGACGGGUUCAAAAUGGUAGCCCUGGAUUCAGGUUUAGGGAUACAGAGAAGGAUCACAAUUGAUUAUGAUGGCAACCUCAGAAUGUACAGCUUGAAUGCAUCAGAUGGCAACUGGACUAUCACAGGGGAAGGUGUAUUGCAGAUGUGCUAUGUGCAUGGAUUGUGUGGAAGAAAUGGAAUUUGUGAGUACUCACCAGGUCUCAGAUGUACUUGUCCUCCAGGAUACGAGAUGACUGAUCCCGAGAACUGGAGUAGAGGCUGCAGGCCAACAUUCAGCGUCAGCUGUGGCCAGCAACGCGAGGAUUUUACGUUCGUCAAGAUUCCUCAUGGUGACUAUUAUGGCUUUGAUCUGACUUCAAACAAGUCAAUCUCGCUUGAAGAAUGCAUGAGGAUUUGUAUGGACAGCUGCGUGUGCUUAUCUUUUACCUACAAAGGUGGAGAUGGUCUAUGUUACACUAAAGGCCUGCUCUACAAUGGCCAGGUUUAUCCAUAUUUUCCUGGAGACAACUACAUCAAACUUCCUAAGAACGUUGCUUCAACAUCCUUGAUCUCCAAACAUCAUGGUCUUACCUGCAAGCCAAAUGCUUCAAAAGUUAUGUUAGUAUCCAUAGAUGCAUACAGAAAAAAUUCUGACAACAUAAUGUGGGCAUACUUAUAUGUUUUUGCUACUAUAAUAGGAGCAGUUGAGUUGGUCUUUAUCAUGACAGGGUGGUACUUUCUUUUUAAAAUGCAUAACAUACCCAAGUCCAUGGAGAAAGGUUACAAAAUGAUAACAAGCCAGUUCAGGAGGUUUACAUACCGCGAAUUGGUGGAAGCAACGGGAAAAUUUAAAGAAGAGCUUGGAAAAGGUGGCAGUGGUACAGUUUACAGAGGAAUACUUGGGGAUAAGAAGGUGGUUGCAGUAAAGAAACUUACAGAUGUUAGACAGGGUGAAGAGGAAUUUUGGGCAGAAGUGACGUUAAUUGGGAGGAUCAAUCACAUAAAUUUGGUCAGAAUGUGGGGAUUCUGCUCAGAGGGUCGUCAGAGGUUAUUAGUCUACGAGUAUGUGGAAAAUGAGUCAUUGGAUAGGUACCUUUUUGAUGACAGUGGCACCAGAAAUUUGCUCUCAUGGAGCCAACGGUUCAAGAUUGCCUUAGGAACAACUAGAGGCCUUGCCUACCUCCAUCAUGAAUGCCUUGAAUGGGUUGUUCAUUGUGAUGUUAAGCCAGAAAACAUACUGCUGAACCGAGAUUUUGAAGCCAAGAUAGCAGACUUUGGGCUAUCCAAACUUUCAAAGAGAGACAGUUCUACCUUUAACUUCACUCAUAUGAGAGGCACAAUGGGCUACAUGGCACCAGAAUGGGCACUGAAUUUGCCAAUCAAUGCAAAGGUCGAUGUUUACAGCUAUGGGGUUGUGCUUCUGGAGAUUGUGACUGGGACUAGAGUUUCAAGUGGGAUAACAAUAGAAGAAGAAAACAUAGACUUGAUGCAAUUCGUGCAGGUGGUAAAACAGAUGCUCACUAGUGGUGAGGUCCUGGACACUAUAGUAGACAGUAGGCUGAAAGGCCAUUUCAAUUGUGAUCAAGCAAAAGCGAUGGUGAAAGCAGCUAUUUCAUGUCUUGAGGAAAGAAGCAAGAGGCCAACAAUGGAUCAAAUCGUAAAAGAUCUCAUGGUAUACGACGAUGAAGAUUAUCACCCAGCAUACUUUUGACCACUUGUAAUCAGAAUAUAUAUAUAUAUAUAUAUAUAUAUAUAUAAAUAAAGCGAGCAAAGGCUUAGUCCCCUGCCCAUAGGUCCCACGCUAUUCUUAGAAGAAAAAACAGUACCAAAAUGCAAAUAUGUCAUUCUGUAUCAUGUGUGCCUUACAACAUGAAAUAGAAAUGUUAGAUAUAUUCUUUUCA